GAUUAAUUUUAAAAAAAUAAAAUGUUGAGUAUGUCGAUAAUGUUUAAAGCUUUAGUGAGUAGGAUUAAAUAUAGAACACCAAGGAAUAUAAAUAAUCAAUUAUAUUUAAGGAAUAUACGCAAUAUAAGUAUCUCAAAUGUUUUACUCCAUGGUGAAUAUGAAUGGCAGGAUCCCAAAUCUGAGGAUGAAGUUGUAAACAUUACUAUUGUUCACAAAGAUGGCACAAAACAACCCAUUAGGGGCAAAGUGGGGGAUAAUCUUCUAUAUCUAGCACAUCGAUAUGAAAUACCUAUGGAAGGAGCUUGUGAAGCUUCUUUAGCCUGUACCACAUGUCAUGUCUAUAUUAACAGUGACCACCAAGAUGUUCUUCCAGAAGCAGAUGAAAAAGAGGAAGAUUUGUUAGAUAUGGCACCAUUUUUAAAGGAAAAUUCACGAUUGGGUUGUCAAAUUAUAUUAAAAAAGGAACUGGAAGGACUUGAAGUUCAACUGCCUAAAGCUACAAGAAACUUUUAUGUUGAUGGUCAUACUCCAAAACCACAUUAAUUUAAAAUUUACUUGAAACUGUAAUGUUAUUAGUUUUGUAAAUAUGUAUAAAUAAACAUUAAUAGUUGUUA